AUGCAGCAACAGGCAGACAAGGGCUGCACUGAGCGAUGUUUCGCUGGUGAUCUCGUCUGCCUGAAACUGCAACAGUACGCUCAGUCUUCCGUCUCCCGCCGUUCCUGCCAGAAACUCUCCUUCAAGUUCUUUGGCCCAUACAAGGUGCUGUCCCGGAUUGGCACUGUCGCCUACAAGCUCGAGUUGCCUCCUGGCUCAUAA